AUGACAAAUUACAACUUGAGGCAUGCAUCACCAGAGAGAUGUGAGCUUGACAUCGUCAGCCCGGCUUCUGCUUAUCGAGAUAGAACAGGUCAUGUGUCCCUGUGGGGCAUCAGUAAACUCAAACAGGAUAUAGUUACCAUUUGUUUUAACCAUGGAUUCAUGCAGUCGACUCGUGAAUUGGCAAGAGAAAAUAUUCGUUUUUUCCUCAUCAGUGAAAAACAAGUAAUGUCUCCAAAGUUUCACACUAAGUUAUCGUGGUUCAAUCAAUUACAGAAACUCCAUGUAAGAAGCACCGUGUCAUGUGUUACACCCUCAAGCGUGGGCAGCAAAACAGUAUUUUCAGACAUCGAUAACGGAGAAUGGUACUUGAAGUCUGAAAAUAGAUUAAUUUCUGUAAAUUUUGAGACCCGCAGAUCGACAAAGUUUCCAAAAUCGUAUUAUGAAAAUAUGAGUAAACUUGUUAAUCAGGAAGAGGAGACAUUGAUAACGAGAAGGCAGGACGCCCUCAUUCCUCCCGACAGAGCCUUCAAAACAACCAUCAAAACACGCUACAGUGACCUAGAUUUCAAUGACCAUCCCAACACUGCACAAUACUACCAGUUUUGUUGUGAUGCAGCAUCGAAAGCUUCUCGCUCCGGAUACUAUAGACACUAUACGUCCGACAUUGUGAACUAUUCUGUCAUGGAGACAGAAGCAACAUUUCUGGGUGGGUGUGGACCUGAGGAACAACUGGACAUUUACACCUGGCAGGACGAAAUUGCCAUAACAAAGUUAUUUUUUGCAAUUUAUUCAAAGGGGACAAGGAUAUUUCAGGCCUGGUUUGUUCUCGACAGAAACAUUUCACGGGAAAAAGUCAUGUCAUGUCUAUAG